GUGAACACAUGACAUUUCCAGUUUUACCCAAUCAUCUUCUAGAGAUACAUUUAGCACCCCCCCUAGCCACAAAGCAAACAAAACCAGAUCAACCAGCAUCAAAUCAUAUAAAACUAACCCGAUGUUCAGCUGUCAAGUUAGUUAAACUAACUCUUCAUUGAGUCUACAUCGACUUGAUUAGAACAACAGUCGCUAAUCGAGUAAUCAUUUCACAAGUAUGAGCCGUUAUUUCCACAUGCAMCACARCGGGUUUGAGUAUCCCGAUCUCCGUCGAUUACAAGAUCAUAACGACGUCCGAGUGCUACAUUCUCCUUCUACUGGAAUUUCAGUGCUUUCGAAACGUGAUUUACAUUCGCCAGUAUUUGAAGACAGAGAUGAGCAAGAAGUUCGCACGGAAGAACUCGAAAGAGAGGAAGAUCACGAAAAUGGAGUAAUCAUUUUGAAGAAACUUGAGAAACAGAGUAAUGACGAUCAAAAGUCCGAUGAAGAAGAAUCGGAGAUCAGAGGUGAACCUGAAAGUAAAGAUAAGGACAACGAAGAAGAAAAAGACUCAAAAGAAGACGACAAAAAUGCAGAAACAUUCGUCGCAGUCAUUGCACAGUCAAUCCUAAGCGUACCAACCAAGCGUAUGACCCUAAGUUCAAUCUACAACUACAUCGCAAGCCACUAUCCACACUUCGACAAGGAAAAAGGCCCAGGCUGGCGAAAUAGCGUGMGACACAAUCUCUCAAGUAAUGAUUGUUUUGUAAAGGCAAGUCGCGCAGAAAAUGGCAAAGGACAUUAUUGGAUGAUUCAUCCWAAAGAUCUCCCCGAGUUCUCCAAAGGAAACUUUCGCCGCAGACGCAAACCACGGAGACCCAAAUGYAGUCAUUCCUUAAUGUUUCGCGAUGGSCCAUUAUAUUAUCAUUCGUAUGGACUCGGGUAUUCUCCAUAUAGUUAUUCAAGUCUUCGGAGUGCACAUGAGCUUUCGGACUUUGCCUAUGGAGCACCCUCCAGCGAGAGAGCUUUGGCCAACAGCUACCGAUCACGCAUUGGACUUUUAAGCUCGUGCGAGGACACAUCAAAUAGAUUUGGGUUCGCGCUUCAUCCGUACUCUUCUUGUCCCAGCUCGCUUGCGUUUCGCUACCCAGGGGAAGUUCUAAGGAGCUCCUCUGGRGGRCUGACGAACAUUGGAAGCUCUUUCCACCCUGUGAAUCACUUUCCUUGUUCUUGCCACAGAUGUCAGAUUACUCCAAAGGAAGGACAUUAUUUAUGUUCUUGAGGAAAAUAUCUAUUGAUCUUCUGAUUAGAACAGACUACUGAUAUAAAAGAGAAGUGGAUUCUUUUGGGAAUCUUVUUGUUGUUAAGGCAUAAGGCAAAGAAAUGACGUCAAUUUCCUAUUCCAUUUACACUAACAAAAUCGCAAGACAAUUCAGAAACAGYAUCAUUGAAUCUUAAAAUUAUAAUGUAUAAAAGUGAUUCCACACCUGCAAAAGAUAUAAACUUGUGCUGUUAUUCCAAAGGCAAUUGUAUAUAGCUAUCAGACAAUAACUUGAUUGAAUCACAUGUAUGGUUUUUUUUUUUCGUUUUUGUACAAAGUUGAUAAGAAAUAGUUGUAAUAAUCUCAACACUUAUUUAUUCAUUAUUAUUUAAACAUAAUUAUUUGCAAAACUAUUCCCUGUUAUUGCCUGCUCGUUUCUCUGAAACUAAGGUGUCCAUAUGUGGUUGGUUUAUUUAUUUCUUCCUUGAGUUGAUCGGCAUUUUUUUUAUAAAAUCUUAGUAUARUAAAGCAAUAUUCUUGUACAACAA